AUGGCUCUACCCCCGAAAUGGUAUCAGUUCCUCAUCGGCGUCUUCGCCUCACUGGGCUCAUACCUGUUCGGCUACGACCUCGGUGUCAUCGCAGAAGUUGUGGCCAGCAAUACCUUCAAGGCUAAAUUCGCAGCGGACGACACUCAAUCAGGCCUGGUCGUCUCCAUGUUCACGACCGGGGCAUUCUUCGGGGCGGCGUUGGCGGGCCCCAGUGGCGACUAUCUCGGCCGUCGAUGGACCAUUGUUCUCGGAGCAGUGAUCUUUUGUCUUGGUGGCGGGCUGCAGACAGGUGCAGAGAACAUCAGCUACCUCUGGUCAGGCCGCUUUCUUGCUGGACUUGGUGUGGGCUUCCUCGUCAUGAUUAUUCCUCUCUAUCAAGCUGAACUGGCCCAUCCCAGCAUUCGGGGCCGCAUCACUGCCUUGCAGCAAUUCAUGCUCGGCGUGGGAGCGCUUGUGGCUUCGUGGAUCUCGUGGGCAACGUAUGUCCAUAUCAAGAGCAGCAGCGCCCAAUGGCGAGUUCCUCUAGGUCUGCAGAUUAUACCUGCAAUCUUCCUUGGCUUGUUGAUAUUUCUUUUCCCAGAGUCUCCCAGAUGGCUCAUGGACCACGACAAACCAGACCAAGCAUUGAAGGUCUUGGCCCAGCUACAUGCUCAUGGUGACGAAAAGGACCCCUGGGUUAUAGCUGAAUACGAGCAAGUUCAGGCCUCGAUUGCCCACGAACACCAAUACGAAGCAAAAUCCUAUCUCGAACUCUUCAAGUCUCGAUCUGCCUUCCGUCGCCUUUUCCUUUGCUGUGCGUUGCAGGCCAGUAUCCAAAUGACGGGCGUGUCCGCCAUACAAUAUUAUUCAGUCACGAUCUAUGGACAGAUAGGCACGUUGUCUCCUUUCCCGCAAAGGAUCUCUGGCAACGACACCCUCAAAUACCAGGGCAUCAACAGCAUCAUCGCAUUGGUUGCACAGUUCUUGUGCAUCCUCUGCAUCGAUCACACCGGCCGUCGCUGGCCCUUGAUCUACGGCAACCUGGGGAACAUGGUAACGUUCAUCAUCGCCACCAUCCUGCUCGCAAAGUACCCUCCGGGAGUCUCGACCAACACUGGGGCCCAGUGGGGGUUUAUCAUCAUGACGUGGCUGUACAACUUCUCGUUCAGUGCGACUUGCGGUCCAUUGUCUUGGAUCAUACCGGCGGAGGUGUUCGAUACUAGAACCCGAAGCAAGGGCGUGAGCAUCGCCACAAUGACCAGCUUCGCCUUCAACACGAUGAUUGGCCAAGUGACACCCAUCGCAAUGACCAACAUCGGGUACCGGUUCUACUACCUCUUCAUCAUCUGCAACUUCACCAACGCCGUCUUUUUCUGGCUUUUGCUGCCCGAGACCGCGCGCCGCCCGCUCGAGGAGAUGAACUACCUGUUCGAGCACGCGCCAUGGAUCGUCGUCGGCUCCACCCGCGAAAGCUACGCCAGCCACGACUUGGAGAACAGGCUGCACGAGAUCGCGGCCGAGGCGGAAAUCAAAAGAGGGGGUCCCGGCAGCGUGAGCGUGCGGCAUGAGGAGAAGGUCGCGGACUGA